CCGUGUGUGUGUGAGAGAGAGAGAGCCGACGCGAUUCACUCCUUCUCCUUCUUCUUCUCCAAGCCAAAGCCGACGUGGUAACGGAGGAGAGCGCUCCAAUUGCGAAGCUCCUCCUCCCCGAUCCUUGCACCCCGAAAACCUCCGCUCCUCGCGUCUCGGCUCGGCCGUCGGCGGCGGCGGAAUCGAUCGGCCGGGGACUGGCGAUGGCGGACGGGGCGGGGCCGGCGGCGUCGGAGGAGUCGGCGAAGCGGAUCGAGGACGAGGUGCGCCGGGCCGUCGAGCAGGCCAAGGAGCUCCAGGACAUGGCCUCCUCCCUCAACGCCAGGACCUCCGGCGAGGAGCAGCUGAUCGGGCAGCGUGCCGUCGCGCUCGAUUCCACCGUCCGCCGCCUCCGAUCCUCUAUCGAUUCGCAGCUCAAUCUCAAGCUCUUGGAUCCCAAGCUCGCCGAGAAGCUAGAAGAGGAGUUGCAGAGAGCGAGGUGUAUUAUGGUCGAUGGAGACGCCUCUGCUUUCUUUCCUUCUAAACCUCAAGGCGAGUUCCUGCGGAUGUUCCUGGGUCCAAUCAAUGUGCGCGCCUCGAAGAAAGAUGUCCAGCUGAAGGUUAAGGAAGAGUACAACAGUUACAGAGAUAGAACUGCCCUUCUGUUUCUUCUGUUCCCGGCAACCCUACUCGUGUUGAGAUCUUGGAUCUGGGAUGGCUGCCUUCCAGCAUUUCCUGUUCAGUUAUACCAGGCAUGGCUUUUGGUCCUGUACACUGGUUUGGCGUUCCGGGAAAACAUACUGAGAGUGAAUGGAAGCGAUAUUCGUCCAUGGUGGAUAUACCAUCACUAUUUCGCCAUGAUAAUGGCGCUUGUCAGCUUGACAUGGGAAAUUAAAGGACAACCAAAUUGUUCUCAAAAGCAGAGGGGAGUGCAACUUUUCCUACAAUGGGCCAUACUGCAAGGAGUGGCAAUGCUUCUACAGAAUAGAUACCAACGUCAAAGACUAUAUACUCGUAUUGCAAUGGGAAAGGCUAAGAGAAUGGACGUUGUUUGGGGAGAAACAGCAGGUGUGGAAGGCCAGUUGUGGCUUCUGUGUCCCAUACUUUUCAUAUUGCAGGGUUUCGAGGCAUAUGUUGGGUUUUUGCUGCUCAGAACUGCUUUCGUUGGCGUGGCUUCUGAAUGGCAGGUCAUAUUCUGCGGGAUGCUCUUGGUGAUAAUGGCGGUUGGCAACUUUGUGAAUACAGUACAGACGCUCAUGACGAAGUCGAGGUUUAAGGCAAAGAUGAAAAGAACAAAGAGCAAGCAGUACUUGGACUAGGCACAAUCCCUAACUCCUAGCUAGCUUAGAUUAUGAAUCUCUUUUAUGUCUUAGAAAUUCCAUAGCCUCUCAUUUUUGAGUCUCUCCUGUUUCUAGAUUCCCAUUUUACCCCCCACAAAUUUUUCUUUUGUUUUCCCCUUUUUUGCUUGUGUGAUGACUGUCGAUGCUAAUGCAAGGCCAUGGAAAUAUGUCCAGCCUCUUAAAUGUUUUCUUUAUCCUCAACUACCAGUUACGCGAAGUUCUCAUGUAUCUUUUUUUGCCAGAUAAGAAGUAUUUUGGAAA